GCUUAAGAACAUGGCCAUCUCCAUCAUUUUCAAGCUUUUCUUGGUUGCAUUAAUGGUAGCAAAUUCUCAGAGUCUAACACUCGACUACUACAAGAAAACAUGCCCUUCCAUUGAAUAUAUUGUCAAAGAGACCACAGCUCAUUAUAUUCUUCGAGCCCCCUCGCUAUCCGCUCCAUUACUAAGAAUGCAUUUCCACGAUUGCUUUGUUAGGGGAUGUGACGGGUCUGUACUUCUAAACUCCACGAAGAAUAAUAAAGCCGAGAAGGAAUCAAUCCCAAACCAGACUCUAAGAGGAUGGCAUGUGAUUGACGCGGUGAAGACCGCCGUCGAGAGCAAGUGUCCCGGUGUUGUAUCUUGUGCCGACAUCUUGGCUUUAGUUGCUAGAGAUGCUGUCUUAUUGAUAAAAGGACCAUUUUGGGAUGUGCCUUUAGGACGUAAAGAUGGAAGAGUCUCCAUCAAGACCGAAGCCGAUAAUGGCUUGCCAUCUCCCUUUGCAAACAUAUCGUCGCUUAAGAGCAAUUUUGGCAACGUAGGUUUGAAUUCCAAGGACCUAGCCGUUCUUUCGGGUGGACACACAAUUGGAAUCGGUCAUUGUUUUGCGUUCAACAACAGAUUGUACAACUUUACGGGUAAGGGUGAUACCGACCCUUCAUUGGAUCCUAACUACAUUACCCACCUAAAGGCAAAGUGUAAGCCCGGAGACAACACCACUUUCGUGGAAAUGGACCCCGGGAGCUUUAAAUCCUUUGACAACGAUUACUACACAUUGGUAUCCAAGAGACGUGGAUUGUUUCAAUCUGAUGCCGCCCUUCUCGACGAUGCUCAAACUAAAUCCUACGUUAAACUUCAAUCUGCUACUCAUGGUUCUACCUUCUUUAAGGACUUUGCCGAGUCUAUGAUUAAGAUGGGAAAUAUUGGAGCUGGAAGUUCUGGUGAAAUAAGGAAGCAUUGUGCUUUUGUCAACUAAAUAAGGGUCCUUUUUCGUUUUUUGUUUUUGUUUUUGUUCUUGUUUCGUGUGUGACGAUGAUCAGGGUGUUCAUGCAUGUCAGCUUGGGCUUACAUCGAUCGAUCUGUGGCUGCCUGACUCAUGUUCUUGUAUUUUGAUUUGUUCCCUGAUUUUCUUUUCUUGAAUAAAUGAGGCAUGGUCUCUCAAAUGUAAGGGAUGUCUUCAUAUGUUUGAAACUGGUCUGUUUUGUACCAGUCAAUUUGCUUGCGAGAUUAAUAUAAUUGUGCAUGUUUGAUCAAAAUGAUUAUUGGAACUCAUUUGUCCUUAA